AUGGACCCUCUUAGAGGCACCCUGAUCAACGUGGUUAAGGCCCCGAUGAUGGGAUACGGAUUGCUUUUCCAGAGAAAAUAUACGCCUGCGACUACUGGUCACGGUGAGUUGGUUUCCAUUGGAAGCGUUGCAUGCGAUCAUGUCGUGGACACGUCUGCCUCGGGAACGCCAUCCGAAGACUCCACGCCCCGGGGAACACUGGAGCUCUUGGCUGCUCAAGUGCCGCCUCCCCGGAUCAGCGAGAAUUUCAUGGCUCCGGUCAACGAUACAACCAAUAGACGAUGUCAGGAAUGGACCAUAGAAUAUCUCCGUCAUCUGGUCCAGCAAGGCAUCAUCGGCGCUGAAGCGAUUGAGGUCGUACAGUCGAAGCGAGACUCGCCAACUCAUGGGAUGGGAUCGGUUUGCAACCAAUGGCGAACCGUAUGGAGCCGUAAACUCGCAGGUCUUGGGGUGGGACAACUCCGUUAG